CAAUAUGUAUCAUGGCAGUUGCGGUGGAAGUGCUGUGCAGAUAACAGAAUUAUCACACGACACACACAACAAAUUUAUUGAAACGAAAAUAAACAUUUUGCAAAGAUUGCACCCCAACUAAUCAUCGACUUGACAAAUUUCUCACACUUCCAACAUGUGAUUUCAACACCACCACCUCGCAAUAUUUCAUCAAAUUAAUAAAAUUGUGAUGGAAGAUAGUGGUAUUGAUAGUGGAGACCACAAUGGGGACGCGUCAUUAAAACCCAGAGGUAGCGAUUCUUCCAGCGCCGACAGUAGUAGGUCGCCGCCUAGGUCUUUGCCAACUUCCCGUCAGCUUCAGAGGAAACUAGAAGCCCGGAUAGAACAUGCCCGUAGACUGCACCAGGAAUAUCAUGCAACUCCUGGGCUUAUUCCCAUUCAGAGACUUCCAAUUCCCGGAGUUAAGGACCAUCAGCCGCUGGUCCAGUGGGACACUGAUGAUAGUGAAGAAGAUAUAGUCAAUUUUUUUCCCUUGUCACGAAAGGAAUCGAGGAUUCACCAGGAACUUACCGAUACUUUUAGUAUAGAGGAAAUGAGCAUAUCAGGGGAUGAUGAAGAAGAGGAGGAUUUACAUCUCGUUCCUCCUCAGACGGUUUAUAAGAAAUUUGCUUGUUGUCCGUUUUCGUUUUGUGUAAUAAUGUAGGGUUUUGGUAAAUUAAAUACAUUCAGUAUUAUAAGAAAUUCCGACGGUAUUACGGAAUGUUUGUAAGAAUGUGUGAUACGUUUAAAGAUAGCAGAGAUCUUUUUAGGGAAUGAAAUAUUUAUCUGUAUUGUUCUAUGUAAAAGGAAGUACUUCAACUUUUAAAGUACAAUCAGGAAUUAAAUCGUGUUAUGUAUUGUUUGUUACUUCAGAAACAUUUUAAGAUUUAUUAGUCCUCCCAUACACAGAUUAUCAUAAAUACCUAGUUAUUUCAUACAUUAUUAUAAUAAAAAGUUUAAAGUAAAAACUGACAUUCUCAAUAAUAGUUAUUUAUGCAAAUACAACGUGACAUAAUUUUUUACCGCCGAAGUAAAACCGAAUUAAAUGUUUUAUGUCAUAAAGUAGAAAAAUCGGCCGCUGCUAUGUAUAUCCACCAAUUAAAUUUUAGCGCAGUCUAAGCAAACAUCGAAACAUAUUUUUUUCUAAAAUAAAAUUAAGUUUUACAGUUAAUUUUUUUUAAUUUAAUGUUAAAUUAUCUUUAAUUAUAAGUUAAAUUCGAAUAACGACAAAGUAAUUACAACAUGAAAAUUUAACUAUGCUCUGAAACUCAAGCUAAUGGAAAUGUAUCUACAUAAAAAAUAUUUUUUACAACACUUGAGUAAGUGUUUGUUAUUUACUUAUUUAUAAUUCUAUUACUAGUGAAGUAAAAUAUUAUUACUGCAUUACGACUUACGAGCGUAAAGAAGUGUUUUCAAAAUCAAGAACAAGUUGCUAUAAUAUGUUCUAACAUUAUACCUACAAUUGCCGAAAAGUGAAAACAAUUUGACUUUUCUAAUAAUUUAUUAUUCAGAAUCAAGAUUCAUAUAAAUACUUCUUAUACACAGUUGUCAAAAAAAGUCUAAAAAAUUGUAGAUAAAUAAAUAAAUAAUUCCGAAGUGGAGGGCCUGUUUAUUUUAUCAUUUUUACUACUUCACUAGUAGUACUAUAAGGUUGGUUCUUUACUCAGCUCAAGAAAUGUCAAAUGAUAUGGUACUGUAAGAAAAUCAAUACCACGCAACUGUCUAAAAAUUAAAAUUAAAAAAACGAUCAGUAUUUUAUUAUUUACUCAUCAAACGAAAAAAAAAAUUCUGACUGUUACAGGUACCGUAGUCGGAAUUUCUUAUAGCAUUGUACGACUGAUUUAAUCAAGUCAAUUUACUGUCAAUAUGGAGUUGUUUAAUUUAUUUAAAUAAUCGAAUGGACCAUGAGUGCUUUUUAUUUCGAACUACUUGUUAAAUGCAUUGGUAUUUCUAUCGAGUAGUAAAUUUCUCACUUUAAUUACCUCUGUUACAAGUACAUGAAAAAAUGUUUAAUCUCUUGCAGGAUAUUCCCGGGGUCAGUAUAGAUAAAUGAUAAAUGAAACUACGAUACCUAUUUUUCUAAAAAUAAUUUUUCGUUGUAUUCUCAUUCAAAGGAAACACCGUUUGUAUAAGCAGAUAUAAUUUAUACAACAAUGCUUGAAUUAAUACGCAAUAUUUGCAUAGAUCUGUAUUUACGAUAAACGAAUGUUAACAUUUUAGAUACGAGAGGAUAAAAUUAUUUACCAAACGUGCGAAUUAAAUGAUUUAGGCCUAAAAUACUUUUAUAGGCAAUUUUUCAACCGAGCAAUCUUAGUUUUUGCUCUAGUCUAGUGUGCCAAAGUGACCUCACUUUAUUUUUAUGUGCCAAUCUCAAUAUACCGCGCCAGGAUAAUCAUAAUUAGACGCAAAAGUUUUCAGGACGCACAUUUACAUCCAUUAGUAUUAUUUUAAAGCAAGUAUUAUAGCGAUCGUGCUGUGGUGGGACCUAAAAUUGUUCGGAGAAUUUUGUAACGAGAUAUUCUAGAAAUAUAAUUUGCUGUUUGUUGUACAUGCAAAGUCUGAAUAAAAUGGACCCUUAGUUGA